CACUUGGGCCCCUGGAUCAAGUCCCCCCGGGAGCAGGAGCGGGAACGGGCCGCGGAGGUCAGCGCUUCCCUGCUGGAAUUCUACCUGAGCAAACUCAACGUCAGCACUGUGACCCCCUUCUACAACCUGAGCGUGCUCCUGGCCCUGUUCUCCCCGCGCUGCUCCGACUCCGUGGCCGGCGUCCGCCUGCGCUCCGUGGACUGCGUCCACUCCCUGCUCUACAUCCAGCUCUGCUACGAAGGUUGGUGUGGUUUGAGCCACGUUAGAAACCUAAAAAAAUCCAAUUUUUAG